CCAACUUGUUCAAACCUGCCAUCAAAGUGGUGAGAGACUGCAGCUUUUGGGUAUCCAUCGUUUCAGAGCCCAAAUUCCGUUUGAAAAGAAAAUGGUGAAUGGAGCAUUGUGCUUCCACGUACACAAAUUCCCACUCGCUUACCGUGUCCUUAAUCUCAACCUCUGUCGUCAACAUGCCACGCGCCUUCACUUCCACACUCGCUCUUUGCUCCUCUCUCAUCCUUUCAACUUCAAUCACUCCGCCACCCCCUUCAAACCCUCCCUCCUCCGCAUCCCCGAUUCCCGCCUCUUUUCCCUCUCCGACGGCGGCUCGGGCGGAAACGGCGCUCGUGGCGGCGGCGGCUCCAACGGUCCGAAUUCCGGUGGCUCUGGCGGUUCGAAUUCCGCCGGCGGCAAUGGAGGACAUAAGUGGUCCUUGUUGUCAUGGUACUUGGCUCUUCUUGAAAAAUACCCUGUUGCGGUGAAAGCUCUAACUUCUGCACUUCUGAAUCUAAUUGGUGAUUUGAUUUGCCAGCUUGCAAUAGAUCAAGUGCAGUCACUGGACUUGAAGAGGACAUUUGUCUUCACUUUUCUCGGUUUUACUUUAGUGGGUCCAACAUUACAUUUUUGGUAUUUGUAUCUGAGUAAAUUGGUUACACUUCCUGGAGCAUCAGGCGCUUUUUUGCGGCUUGUACUUGAUCAGCUCUUAUUUUCUCCCAUAUUCAUCGGAGUUUUCUUAGCUACGUUGGUGACACUUGAGGGAAAUCCAUCACAAGCUGUACCCAAGCUAAAACAGGAGUGGUUCUCUGCAGUUCAAGCAAACUGGAAACUAUGGAUACCUUUUCAAUUUCUCAACUUCAGAUUUGUUCCACAACAAUUUCAGGUCCUUGCUGCUAAUGUUAUUGCUUUGGCUUGGAAUGUCAUUCUCUCAUUUAUGGCACACAAAGAGGUUCUUCCAAACUAGGUAAGUUGUA